GCCGCCGCUAUGCGGCUCCUCCCGUGGUGGUUUCUGCUGCUGGGGGUUCUGUGGCCUGUGACGCUCGGCCUAGUCGAGGAGAAUGAAGUCUCAGUGUCUGAAAAGCAGGGACACACUGAAACUGAAGUACCUCUUGGUCCAGAGGCUGUCUAUUUAAGUAAUGAACAACAUGAUCUUAGUCAGACAGAACUGUACAACACUGGUGAAGCCGUUUAUGCAGCCCUGGGAAAUGAAGUGAAUGGUGAUCAUUUAAUGUCUGUGUUUCCAGAAGAGACAAAAGAUAGGCAAAUUUCAGACCUCAAUACUGGCAUUUGUGAUGCUGGAGUUGAAGGCUCUAAAUGCAAUAUCCAAGAGAGCCUUUUUUCUCUAACUACAUCUGGAACAAAUAUUCCUGAUAAAGGAGAAGAAUAUAAUUUGGUUCUUGAAGCUGUGCCCACAAGUCCAUCAUCUAAAGAAGAUUCCAAUAGUACAGACAAUGUAAAGACUCCAAAGGUGAAUUGUGAGGAGAGAAAUGUUACUGGCUUAGAAAGUUUCACUUUACAAAUUCUAAAUGUUUCACAGGACCUGAUGGAAUUUUUAAACCCAAACAGUAGUGAUUGUACAUUAGUCUUAUUUUAUACUCCUUGGUGUCGCUUCUCUGCCAGUCUGGCCCCACAUUUUAAUUCUUUACCACGAGCAUUUCCAUCUCUUCAUUUUUUGGCAUUGGAUGCUUCUCAGCACAGCAGUCUGUCCACCCGGUUUGGUACUGUUGCGGUUCCCAACAUCUUGCUAUUUCAAGGAGCUAAACCAAUGGCGAGAUUUAAUCAUACAGAUCGGACUCUGGAAACUCUAAAAGCCUUCAUUUUUAAUCAGACAGGGAUAGAAGCCAGAAAUGAUGUGGUAGUGACCGAAGAUGACCAAAUAGGCCCUCUUCCCAGCACUUUGGUGAAAAGUGUGGAUUGGUUGCUUGUAUUUUCUUUAUUCUUUUUAAUUAGUUUUAUUAUGUAUGCUACCGUUCGGACUGAAAGUAUUCGAUGGCUCAUUCCAGGACAAGAACAUGAACAUCUUGAGUAAUAAUAGACUGGAAAGUGAAAUUGGAAAGAUUAAUUUCAAUCUUUGCUUUCAGAAAUCUAUAUUGUUUUCCACAGAGAUGUAUUAUAUUUUAACUUAAGUUAAAAUAAUUUUGCAUUUGAGCUACUGAAUGUGCAAAAAAAAAAUCAUACUCUAGUGUUGUAUACUAGUGUUUCAAUAAAUAUGAAAGACUCAGAAAAUUAUUAAUACUUUUUUUAGUGUUUGCACUUAAAAUUCAAGGAACUGUUUUAAAAUGUGAAAAACUUAUGUAUACAGAUUCAAAUGAGUACAGUAUUUGAUAAACACAAAGAUUCUAGUUAUUGGGGCAAGAACUCACUACUUGGCAAAAAUGUUGGAAAAACUGGAAAAUUAUCUGGCAGAAGUGAGGCAUAGACUAAUAUGUCAUACUGUAUCAAAGUAAGCUCAAAAUGUUUAUGAUAUAGAUAUAAUAUCAGAAGCAAAAUAGUGGAUUAUGGAAGAAAUUACCUGUCAGAUCUGUGGAUAGGGGAAAAGUUCAUGGCCAAAGAAGAGGUAGAGAAGUUCACAGGAGGUAAAAUGCAUGAUUUUGUCCUUUGAAUUCUCCUUUAAAACAAUUUCAAAGUCCACAACUGGAUAGCUGUUUUGUUUUGUUUUGUUUUUGAUGAUAAGAUUUGCCAGGGAUGAAAACCUAAUUAUAAUUUCCCAAGUAGCAUUGUAUUGUUUCAUGUCUUUCCUUCUGGAACAAUAAAGAGUUAAUUAUGUCCUGA